AUGAUCAUAGACACUAUCUUCCCCUACUGGCUUACCUAUUAUAGCUUUUCUAAUUCCAAACCCACUCGCCCAGACAAGUCUCGGUUUGCUCCUGGGAACCUGCAGGAGGCCAGGUGGCCGCAGGGGGUUUCUGAACUGCCUCCCCGGGGCUGGGCCGAGGGCUCCGGUUACUGGGAUGUCGCGCUGCAGGGCAGACGCGUGGAGACCCAGCUACCUGAGGAAAGGACGCAGCUCCCCCACCGGGAGCAGCCAGGGCCCCACAGCUCCAGGCUGAGGCCCAGCUCGGCCGCGGGGCCGCAGGUUGAGCCUUCUGAUACUAUAGAAAAUGUAAAGGCCAAGAUCCAGGAUAAGGAAGGCAUUCCUCCUGAUCAGCAGCGACUGAUUUUUGCGGGGAAGCAGCUAGAAGAUGGACGCACACUGUCUGACUACAAUAUUCAAAAAGAAUCAACUCUUCACCUUGUGCUGAGACUUCGUGGUGGUGCCAAGAAGAGAAAGAAGAAGUCUUACACUACUCCCAAGAAGAACAAGCAUAAGAGAAAGAAGGUUAAGCUUGCAGUGCUGAAGUACUACAAGGUCGAUGAGAAUGGCAAGAUCAGUCGUCUGCGCCGGGAGUGCCCCUCUGAGGAGUGUGGAGCUGGAGUCUUCAUGGCCAGUCACUUUGACAGACACUAUUGUGGCAAGUGCUGUCUGACAUACUGCUUCAAUAAACCCGAAGACAAGUAAAUGUACUAGACAAUAAAAAUCUGAAGUUC